CGUAUACGUAUCAUGUGAAGUGACGGUCUCAUUUAGACUGAAGGCUUACCUGAAUGAGAAUAGCAGAUUGCUUGAUGGCCAAUGCUGUGAUAAUGUAGAUCGACCAUGCAGUGACAGAUGUGAUAACAGCUUCGAUCUCUGCUUCGGGCCCCCGGGAAAUGACAUCGACAUGGCGAAUUGUCCUUACGGACGCUUACGAACAGGGGCUGUCUUUGACAACCAGGACGACUUCCCAUUUCCUGAAAUCCUCUCUGGAAACAUUCCCAAUCCGAUGUUGAUUAAGGUCCGGGAAUGGGAGAGAGGUAUCAGGGUAAAGGUCGGUGUUUGGGAUAUCGAUCUAGGGCAUGAGCCAAACAGUGUCGAUUUCUACACGAGGAAUUUCGCCAUCCGACCCGACAUCAACUUGAUCGAAGCGCCAAUCUUUAGAUACACGCUUACUGGUGAUGGAUACACAGAAACGAAAGUGGAGAUUAGAGUAUAUUGUUCUGAGCAUUUCUAUGGUGGCAGUUGCGAUGUAUAUUGCAAUCCUGGAGAAACGGGUCAUUACAGUUGUAAUAUCCUUUCUGGCGUGAAGGAGUGCUUCCCUGGUUGGGUUGGACCAGAAUGCGAUGUGAAUGUAAAUGAAUGUGCAUCUCGACCGUGUAUGAACGGUGGUACUUGUGUCGACUUGGAAAACGGAUAUGAAUGUACAUGUGUGGACGGAGCAAUAGGAACCCACUGCGAGCACAAUCCUGACGACUGCAGAGGAGUCGAAUGUCUACACGGCGGACAGUGCAUUGAUGGCUAUGCGUCCUUCACCUGCCGAUGCCAACCUGGUUACACCGGGAUCAUGUGCCAGUUGAACAUUGACGAGUGUGCAUCAUCGCCAUGCAGAAAUGGUGCGCUAUGUCAAGAUCAAGGAAAUGCCUAUUCAUGCUAUUGUCUGGCGGGAUUCUAUGGUGAAAACUGUCAACACGAAUUUGAUGAAUGUAAAAUACUCAAACCCUGCAGGAAUGGAGGAACAUGCUAUGACAGAGUAGCAUCCUUUCACUGCGAAUGUAUGACAGGAUUCGGUGGUCCUGACUGCUCCGUUAACCUUGAUGAAUGUGCAAGCAGCCCGUGUGCGAAUGGCGCUCAGUGUAUCGAUUCGGUUGCUGGUUUUAUCUGUCUUUGCAACGAAGGGUUCCGAGGACUUCUUUGCGAGGAAGACGUCAAUGAAUGUGCGAGCAACCCUUGCGAAAACGGAGCGAGGUGUGUUGACUUGGUAGACUCAUACGAAUGCCAGUGCCUUCCAGGAUAUCUCGGAGAGAAUUGUCAGUUGGAAUCAGAUGAGUGUGCUAGCAGUCCUUGCUUAAACGGAGGCAGGUGCUUGAAUCGAAUAAACGAAUUUCGAUGUAGAUGUCCAGCGGGUUACAGUGGAAGCAGGUGUGAGGUCAACGUCGAUGAGUGUGAAAGUUUACCAUGUUUUAAUAACGCCACCUGCACAGACCAAGUUGAUGGUUUCCAGUGCCAGUGUACACUAGGGUUCACAGGAACAACUUGCAGGAUAAAUACUGAUGAAUGUCUCAGCUCUCCUUGUCAGAAUGGAGGUCAGUGUAUUGAUGGUGUAAAUGGAUAUUUAUGUGAAUGCAGACCAGGUUACUACGGAAAGAACUGUAGAAGAGACAUCAAUGAAUGCGCGAGUGAUCCUUGUAAGAACGGAGCGAUUUGCCGUAAUUUAGUUGACGGCUACGAGUGUGAGUGCAUGGUUGGGUAUGAAGGGAAACACUGCACAACCAACAUCAACGAAUGCGCCAGCAAUCCCUGUCUUAACAGAGGUUCAUGUAUAGAUCAGAUCAACGGAUAUUUCUGUAGAUGUAGGCCAGGGUGGGGUGGGCGGCAUUGCGAGAUCAAUGCCAAUGAAUGUUCAACGGAACCAUGCAUGAAUGGAGGACGGUGCAUCGACGCUGUCAAUGGAUUUUUCUGCCGUUGUCGACCAGGAUUCCGUGGUCGCCGUUGUGAGAUCGACAACAACGAAUGCGCAAGCAACCCAUGUUUGAAUGGAAUGUGUUUAGAUGGGAUUAAUCGAUUUAUUUGUCACUGCAUACAGGGCUUCACUGGAAAGAAUUGUGAAAUUAAUAUCAAUGAAUGUGCAUCUCGCCCAUGCAAAAAUAAUGGAGUCUGUCGAGAUGGUGUGAGUGGUUACACUUGCGUUUGCCCAGCAGGCUACGGAGGCAAGGACUGCCACAUUAACAUCAACGAAUGCUCUACUGGUCAGUGUCAGAAUGGAGCUACGUGCGAGGAUGGAAUCCAUGGAUUUACCUGUCACUGUGCACCUGGAUUUGAAGGUAUUCUCUGUGAAACGAACAUUGAUGAAUGCGCAAGCAGACCUUGCAUCAAUAAUGCAAGAUGCAUUGAUGGGGUCGACAGUUACAGAUGCGAAUGUUUGAUCGGGUAUGAAGGAUACAACUGUGAGGUCAACAUCAAUGAAUGUGCUUCAAAUCCUUGUCGUGGAUUGUCCACCUGUGUCGAUAUGAUAAAUGCGUUCCGGUGUGACUGUAUUGACGGAUACUUCGGCAGCUACUGUGAGACUGAAGUCAAUGAAUGUCUAAGUAACCCUUGCUUGAACGAUGGACAAUGUGUCAAUCGUUUAAAUGGUUACAGAUGUAGUUGUCAACCAGGAUAUGAAGGCCCUCAUUGCGAAUUUAAUAUCAAUGAAUGUAGCCGUCAAACCUGUCAAAACAACGGCAGAUGCAUAGAUGGCGUUGGCAAGUUCUUUUGCUACUGUCGUUCUGGAUUCCGCGGGAAACACUGUGAGGAAAAUAUCAAUGAAUGUGUGAACCACAAGUGUAAAAAUGGCGCAGGUUGCAGAGAUGCGUUGAAUGGUUAUUCUUGCAUGUGUACCGAAGGUUAUACGGGGAUUUUCUGCGAAGAAGACAUCAACGAGUGCAAUUUAAUGAUCGAGCCUUGUCCACCUGAAACUUCAUAUUGUAAAAAUCUUAUCGGGACCUAUGAAUGCUCGAACAUAGCUCCAACCACAAUUCCACCACCAACAACUACCGAAGACCCAUGUGGGUCAAUGCCGUGUGAGAAUGGGGCCACCUGCAUAGUCACGUCAGAAGGAAAAAGAUGUAUUUGUCCCGGUGAUUUCGUGGGAGAAAAUUGUGAAAUUUCGUUUGCUAACACAAUUACUGAGGUGACACUUGAAAAUCACAUCGACCCAUCACUACCUGGUCUGGAGAAACGAUUGGCAGAACUGAUCCACACUGCUACAGGGAAAGAACCUCAUAUCAUGGUGGAAAUCGAUAUCGUCAAUGCCAUCAACGGGUCAUCAUCAAUCACAGGAAUGGCGUUUACAACCGUUGCAUUCAACAUGAGCGUCUUCAAUUCAACCUUCAAUGAAGACUCUUUAAAACUUGCCUUAUUAACCCUCUCAAGAGAGGAACAAGAUCUCAUCAUGAGCCCUUAUAAAAUAUUUAAUGAAACACCAGUAGUGGUUGAAUUCAAGAAUCCAGACAGGACGUGGUCAGAACGGAACUGGUUUGUCAUAUUUCUUCUCUUUGUCUUACUAAUAUCAGCUGCAGUAUUCGGCAUCUGGUACUUGGAUAAGCGAUAUCCGGCAUGUGAAGGAGAAAGCAGAAUGGGAAAAUGGAAACGACUUUUAAACAUCCCACAAGAGAAGGCUGCAGAAAAGAAAUGAUCUUCAAGGGACUAUUGAAAAAAUAGUUUGAUUUAAUUAAUGAACAUUUUAUGCUAUCCUUCAGUUUUGAGCAGCACUUAAUACGAAGUUGGCAAGAAAACUCACCCUUCAUGCCCUUAGAUUGCGCCUUUCAGGACAUGAAAUCCCAAGUGUCAAGCACACUCAGGGGGCGGAUCAAGGAUUUUGGAAAUCGUGGAUGGCAAAUAAUCGAAUUUAAAGGGAGAGUUUCUAGUCCCCCCCCCCCCCAAUUAUUGUAUUCGACUCCUAAAAAAAUCUGAUAAGUAAAACAAAAACACAGACAGGGAAAAAUAAUUCAUUCCUCAAUACAAAUUAUAGGGCCAAAGCCUAUCACCUCCAUGGGGGGGGGGGGGGGCAGUGUACACAACAUUCUUCCCAAUAAACAUGCCCUUUCCCCUCCGGUCUUGUGCCUGUAGCUUAAACCUUAUGUUCUGAAUAAUGUUUGUUUCCUUACAGGAAUAUAUGCUCUUGAUUACUAGAUUUUCUAGUUUGUUCCUCCCACGUGAUCAUAGGAUAUUACAGAAUAAUCUAAUGACUUAAUUUCAAUAACACUCAGAAAUUGAAAAAAAAAACGUUUUAUCUGAAGUGCAACUAUUAUGCUUUAUAAUGACUUUAAGCAUUAGAAAGAUAUGGAAAACGAUGAACUUGGAGAUGAAUGGGGAAACAAAACAUUUAUUAUUUUUUCACAUUAUACUCCUGCUUUAGAUAAUUUGAAGACUCCUAAAUCAAAAUUGUUUUAUUACCCGAUUCUUAAUACAUGGGGAAAUUAUACUGCAUUGUUCAUUUUUUGGGAUUUUUUGUGAAGUUCUUGCUUGUACAUAAAUGCCGAGUGUGCAUGUUUUUUGUAUUCAUACUUCAAAAGUAAGAGUUCUGAACAAACUGAAAUGAUUGUGGGUAUUACCUGAGAUAGAUAAGAUUGGUGUACGCAAAUUGAAUUCCUUGAACAUGUUAAAUCCAAGUAUUGUAUUUCAUUUAUUAAAAUAACAUUGUCAAUUGAAACAUCGCUCCUAGGUUCCUGUGAAAUGAAUAUAAGUUGAACAUCACAGUAGUAUGUUUCCUGAUUAAAUAAAAUGAGUUUGAAUUGGUUAGAAUCAGUUUGAUGCAAUGAGCUAGAAUUAAAAUAUUAAUUGUUAUACUUAUAUUUGUAUUAAGGUAAACUUGCAUGCUCACAGUGAAUAUUGUAAAUAUCCUUUUUUUAUAAUUAUCCUGGAGAACUUCUGGAACUUUCAUAUAAUGUGCAAUAAUAAAAGUAUCAAACUUAAUAUAUUUUCUAAUUACAAAAGGAAUUACUAAGAUAUUUUGAGAAAUAUAUUGAUGUGUGUAUAUCUUACAGAAAUAAAUAUGGAGAUCCUUCGAUAUUUUAUUAUAAA